AUGGCUACUGUUCACAUCGUCAAUAAAGGCCACUCUAAAUCGCCAUCCAUUAUGAAACUAAUGCGACGUUUGGUGAUUACUGCUGCAUCCCAUAGCUUCAUGUUUUCUGCUGUUCAUAUACCUGACUACACGUUUCAGAGAAGCAGCACCAUCAGCGCAAGCCAUACCUUGCCAGAUUCCCUCAGUCGUGAUGUUCGCUUGAACCAGGCAGUGGACACAUGUCAAAGGGCAUCACUUGGAAUACGGACAGUUGGUUCCUAUGCCACAUGUGUACGCACAUGGUUGCGUUUUGCAGCCAUGUUCAAGAUCACAGGUCAGUCAACCACUUACCCGGUUAUCUCCGAAAACAUUUUGGUUUACUUCGUCACACAUUGUGUCACGUAUUUGCAUCUAAAAUUCAGCACCAUCAAGGUUUACCUUGCAGGAAUUCGCAAUCAUUAUCUACUUGGCGGUCACUCAAAUCCGCUCGUUACUAGCCAAGGUUUGAAUCUACCUCGCAUCCAAUACGUACUGCGAGGUAUUCGCCGUUUGCAAGGCUCUGCUACACGCCCAAGGCUGCCAAUCACCUUUGACCUGUUAAAACGCCUGUGUUUGCUACUCCGUUCAGGCGUAUAUGGGCCCUACUUUGACCUAUUGAUGGAAGCUGCUUUUCUGUUGGCAUUUUUCGGAUUCCUACGAUGUAGCGAAUUUACCUCGUUAUCACAGUCUUUCAACCCACAAGUUGGUCUCUGCGUUAAGGACAUUAAGACGCUAGGUAACUCACGCUCAGUCGAUGCCCAGGUUGUGACCAUUAAAUCAUCAAAAACUGACCAGUUCCGACGUGGAUUUGAACUUAGACUCUAUCCUACUGGCUCUGCCUUUUGUCCAGUUUCUUCCCUACAUCGCUUCCUUUUAGUUCACCACAAGAUGGGGGCAGCACCACACGAACCACUAUUCAUGCUUCCUGAAAGAAUACCACUCGACCGUGCCCACUUCACCAACUCGCUUCGGUUUCUUCUCACUAGACUUGGCUUCAAAGCUCACCUCUUCGCGGGACACUCUUUUCGCAUUGGAGCAACCACUACUGCAGCGAGUGUGCAUCUUCCAGACCACCUUAUUCAAACAAUGGGCAGAUGGUCGAGCAACUGCUACCGCACAUACAUCAGAACACCGGAACAGUUGCUCCAGUCAGCUUUUAAGACACUUGCUUCUGUCUGA